AUGCCGACCACUCGAAGUGGUGCGACAUCCGGAGUCCUUUCUCCCCCGUCGACUGGAGCUGCUGCUCCUAGCCCAGAACGUGUGGCCACGGAGGAUUAUGCGGUAAUCGGAGCUGCUGCUCCUUCUAUAGAGCCUUUACCGCCUUUACCUGGCGCUCUCACUGCGCCCUUGGAUGACUCCCUUUCCAGGAUGGAGGAUGCUGAGAUUGUUCACGCACGGGAUGCUAAGGCCCUACGGGAUGCUGCUUCGAUAGCUAUUACUCAGGUGUGGAGAGAUGCCCGGUCUCAGACGUCAGCCCUGGCACAGAAAUUAAUGAAGGUAACACUUCAUUGUCUCGUAAGUUGA